CUCUGCGGGUCUGCGUUGUGGAACAUCUGCCCGGGACUGGGCGGCGGAGGCUGCAGCGGCGGUGGAGGUGCGGACCUGAGCCCAGGGUGCUGAGCCCCAGGGCUCGAGCAGUCUCUCUGCCUGGCCGCGGGGUUCCGCGGGGCGCUGAGGGCAUGGCGUCCCAGGUGCUGCAGCUGCUCAGGCAGGGCGUUUGGGCCGCACUCACUGGCGGCUGGUACCACGACCCUGAGCACAGCAAGUUCACUAACAGCUGCCACCUCUACCUGUGGCUGUUCCUGCUGCUGCUGCCCCUGGCCCUGCACCUGGCUUUUCCUCCAAACACUCUCACUGCACUGUUCUACUGUGGCUCUGUGACCAUCUUCUUUGCAGUCAUCAAGCUGAUCAGCUACCGCCUGCAUCUCAUGUUCGAUAAGGGAGAAGCAAUCCAGCACCAGCCCCCAAGAAAGAGAGACAAGACAAGGCCAGAGAGGGAGGCCAGCCACCAGCGCACUGCCAGUCACAAAAUCCCAAGCAAUAACAAGCAGAUUCACAAUGGCAAGAAGGAAGAACCCCUCGGAAACUUGCCCACGCCACCCCUCCGCUGCAGCUCCCGAGGACAAAGUGUCCACUCCCAGCAUUCCUUGGGACCAUUGGAGCUGCCAGCACAGGAGACAGUGGAAGACCUCAAAGGUGUUGUUCUGUCAGAGGAUCAACCUGAGGCAGCGAUGUCAUCUACCUCACCUGGCAUCAAGUCAGAACGCUUACCUGCUUCUCAAGUGUGCACAGCAGAACCCACACCCAGGUCAACUAGACUGAGGAAGCCAGUUACCACAGAAAUCCUCAUUGGUGGGAAAGGGAAGGAACCAGGCACUGUCCAGCAGCUUGCCCACCACAGGUCAGAGGGUGGUUUGGUGAACACAGGAACCUUGAAGAAUUUGCCACACUUGUCCUUGUCCCAGUACGACUUACUAGAAACUGAUGUUUCCUUCCAACCAUGGGGCAGUGAGAAUUCAGUCCUUGUUCCACAGCCCACUAGUCUCCACCAGGGCUCCACCAGGGCACAGUCACAAAGCAAAUCACCCCAAGACAGCCUGAGCAGCAGCUGCCGUCAGUGCAGCACAGUCCUGGCCAAACCCAUGGAGGAGGAGCUGACCCACACAUCCUGUCAGGUGGACCUGCCCUUGAACCAGGAAGUAGUUGACUCAGAUGGUGAGGUUGCUGUGACCCUAAUUGAUACCUCCCAGCCUGGAGAACCACUAAGUCUGCAUGAACCCAUUAAGAUUGUUAUUACCAUGAGUAGUGCCCCAAACUCCAUAAGUGACCUCGAGAGAUCCCUGCACCUGAAGGUGACCAGCUCAGACAAGACCAGCCAUAGGCCGGACACAGAACCAUCUGGCUCAGAAGACCCUGAGCAGGUCAGAAUUCCCAUGAUCACUCUCCAGCUAUCUGAGGAUGGAGGAGGAGCCUCUUGUCACAAAGGAAACAGAGGAGAAUGGACCCCCGAGAGACCAAAGAUGGAGAUGUCCCCAAGUCAUUGCUCUGACUAUGGGUCUGGGGAUGCAGGAGGUGACACCAAGGACUAUAGUCCUGCCCCAAGGUACCCUGGGGAACCAGAUCCUGUGCUCACACAGGUGGAUUCUGAGUCUAAGGGGAACAGAGAGAGCAAGACCAACCUUGACCCGGCCUCUUGUAGGGGCAGCCAUGAGAAAAGACAUGCCCGUGUGCUCAGUGUGGACAGUGGGACUGACGUCUUCUUGAGCAAGAGUUCCACAGAGGUGGUCAGUGACAGGGAGAAACCUAUCCCGACAUCCAAAUCAGACCUGGAGGCUAAGGAAGGACAGGUUCCAAAUGAGUCCAACUUCCUAGAGUUUGUCUCCCUGUUGGAAUCCAUCAAUACGGCCAAGGUGGAAGCCCCAGAUCAGGUUCAAAGCUCAGCAGAGCAGAAAGGAACCAGCCAGGGCCCUGAAGAUCAUACCUCACAGGGGACCAGAGAAGAAGCUGUGGAGAGUAAAAGGCCUGGUGGGCACGAUCCUAAGCCUGGGAAACCAGACUUGCCACAUGGAGACCGAGAGAAUACCAGCCCUGGGUCCACACAGCCUGCCAAGACCACAGCACUUUUCCAGGGCAGUCGGCAGAGGCAGAUUAUCUACAGAGUCACUUCCCAACAAGACAGCUCUAUGCUGCAGGUCAUCAGUGGGCCAGAAACCUCUGUACAGGAGAUGUCUGUGGAUGCCAUGCAUGUUUUCAUUGAUGAACACGGGGAAAUCAGAUCCUGUUUCUUAAAGUCUGGAAAUCAGAAAGAAGCCUCCUUGCAGCAUCUGCCCUCUAAUCAGGACUGUGUCUCUCAUGCCAGAGAGAUUCUGCUCAGCUCCUCAAGCACCACAACUUCAGACAGUCCAGAUCCAUCCUCUGGAGAUGCAGCAGUCAGUGCUCUCCAACAACAGCUGUUACUCAUGGUAGCUCGGAGAACACAGUCAGAAACCCCACAGCACUUGAGCCAGGAUCUUGAAGAUUCAUCACAUUCUUCAGCACAAGGAAAGUUUAACCAAGAGCAGUUUUACAAAUUCAUCAUUUUCCCAGGAAAGUGGAUCAAAGUCUGGUAUGACCGACUCACCUUAUUGGCACUAUUGGAUCGAACUGAAGAUGUGAGGGAGAAUGUGGUGGCCAUUCUGCUCAGCAUCCUGGUUUCCCUCCUGGGCUUUCUGACACUGAAUCGUGGCUUCUGCAGAGACCUGUGGGUCUUGCUCUUCUGCUUGGUCAUGGCCAGCUGCCAGUACUCCCUGCUCAAGAGUGUUCAGCCUGACCCUGCUUCACCAGUACAUGGACACAACCAAAUCAUAGCCUAUAGCAGACCAGUGUAUUUCUGUGUGCUGUGUGGUCUUAUCUUACUUCUUGAUGCGGGGGCCAAGGCCAGGCCCCCUCCCAGCUACGUCGUGUAUGGCCUGAAGUUCUUCUCCCCAGAGUCCUUGCAGUCAGUCAGGGACCACUUAAUAGUGUUUUUAUAUUGCUUCCCUGCCAUGUCCCUCCUCGGGCUCUUCCCACAGAUCAACACCUUCUGCACAUACCUUCUGGAACAGAUCGACAUGCUGCUCUUUGGAGGUUCUGCGGUUUCUGGGAUCACGUCGGCUGUGUACAGCGUGGGUCGCAGCAUCCUGACCGCAGCCUUGCUCCACGUCUUCUGCUUCAGUGCUGUGAAGGAACCUUGGAGUACACAGCACAUCCCAGCCCUGUUCUCAGCCUUCUGUGGCCUCUUGGUUGCGCUGUCCUACCAUCUGAGCCGACAGAGCAGUGACCCAUCUGUUUUCCUGUCCUUCAUUCAGUGCAAAUUGCUUCCUAAAUGUUUACAUCAGAACCUGGAAGAGUCAGCCACGGACCCUCUCCCCCAGAGGAUGAAGGAUUCUGUGAAAGAAGUCCUGAAAUCAGAUCUUGUCAUUUGCUCAGCAGCUGCUGUCCUCUCGUUUGCAGUCAGUGCCAGCACCGUGUUCCUGUCCUUACGACCUUUCCUCAGCAUUGUGCUCUUCGCCUUGGCGGGCUCCGUGGGACUUGUCACCCACCACCUGCUCCCUCAGCUCCGCAAGCACCACCCUUGGAUGUGGGUUUCACAUCCUGUGCUUAAGAGCAAGGAGUACCAGCAACGAGAAGCAAAAGAUGUUGCCCAUUUAAUGUGGUUUGAGAGACUCUAUGUUUGGCUUCAGUGCUUUGAAAAGUACCUUCUAUACCCAGCUAUAAUCCUGAAUGCCCUUACCCUGGAUGCAUUCUCCAUAAGCAACUACCGGAGGCUUGGUACCCACUGGGACAUUUUUCUGAUGAUUACAGCUGGCAUGAAGCUCUUGAGGACAUCCUUCUGUAACCCUGUUCAUCAGUUUGUUAAUCUGAGCUUUGCUGUCAUCUUUUUCCACUUUGACUACAAAGACAUUUCGGAGAGCUUCCUGCUGGAUUUCUUCAUGGUGUCCAUUGUGUUCAGCAAGCUCAGGGACCUGCUCCACAAGCUGCAAUUUGUCCUGGCCUACGUGGCCCCUUGGCAGAUGGCCUGGGGGUCUUCCUUCCACGUGUUCGCCCAGCUCUUCGCCGUCCCUCAUUCCGCCAUGCUUUUCUUCCAGACGUUCGCCACCUCAGUCUUCUCCACACCCCUUAGCCCUUUCCUUGGGAGCGUCAUAUUCAUCACAUCCUACGUCAGGCCGGUGAAGUUCUGGGAGAGAAACUACAAUACCCGGAGAGUGGAUAAUUCCAACACAAGACUGGUGGUGCAAAUCGAAAGGGACCCAGGAAAUGAUGACAACAACCUCAACUCCAUCUUCUAUGAGCACUUGACGAGGACCUUGCAGGAGUCACUCUGUGGAGACCUGGUUCUUGGCCGCUGGGGAAACUACAGCUCCGGUGACUGCUUCAUUUUGGCUUCAGAGGACCUCAAUGCCUUUGUCCACCUGAUCGAAAUUGGAAAUGGUCUUGUCACCUUUCAGCUUCGAGGACUGGAGUUCCAAGGAACCUACUGCCAGCAGAGAGAGGUGGAGGCCAUCAUGGAAGGUGAUGAAGACGACAGAGGUUGCUGCUGCUGCAAACCUGGCCACCUGCCACACCUGCUGUCCUGCAACGCAGCCUUCCACCUGCGCUGGCUUACCUGGGAGAUCACUCGCUCUCAGUACAUCCUGGAGGGUUACAGCAUCAUCGACAACAGCGCCGCCACAAUGCUGCAGGUGUUUGACCUCCGCAGGAUCCUCAUCCGCUACUACAUCAAGAGCAUAAUAUACUACCUGGUCUCAUCCCCCAAACUCCUCUCCUGGAUCAAGAAUGAAUCCUUGCUGACAUCCCUGCAGCCUUUUGCCAAGUGGCAUCACAUCGAGCAUGACCUUGCAAUGUUCAACAUCAACAUUGAUGAUGACUAUGUGCCGUGUCUCCAGGGGAUCACAAGAGCAAGCUACUGCAAUGUUUACCUGGAGUGGAUUCAAUACUGUGCUGGGAAGAGACAGGAGCUCUCGAAGGCCCUGGACCGUGUGGAUAGCGAUGAGGACUCACCUCUGGUGACACUGUCCUUUGCCCUGUCCAUUCUGGGAAGGAGAGCUCUGGGGACAGCAGCACAUAAUAUGGCCAUGAGCCUGGAUUCAUUCCUGUAUGGCCUCCAUGCCCUCUUCAAAGGUGACUUCCGGGUCACGGUGCGGGAUGAGUGGGUAUUUGCAGACAUGGAUCUGUUGCACAAAGUUGUUGUUCCAGCCAUCAGGAUGUCCCUGAAACUGCACCAGGACCAGUUCACCUGCCCUGAUGAGUAUGAAGACCCAGAAGUCCUCUACGAGGCCAUCCAGUCCUUUGAAAAGAAGGUGGUAAUCUGCCACGAGGGAGACCCGGCCUGGAGGAGUGCAGUGCUGUCCAACAGGGAGGAGCUGCUGACCCUGAGGCAUGUGGUCGAUGAGGGCGCAGACGAGUACAAGGUCAUCAUGCUCCACAGGGGCUUUCUGAGCUUUAAGGUCAUCAAGGUGAACAAGGAAUGUGUGCGUGGACUCUGGGCUGGGCAGCAGCAGGAACUAAUCUUCCUGCGGAACCGCAACCCAGAGCGUGGCAGCAUUCAGAACAAUAAGCAGGUCCUGCGCAACCUCAUCAACUCCUCCUGCGACCAGCCCUUGGGCUACCCCAUGUACGUCUCCCCACUGACCACGUCCUACCUGGGCACCCACAAGCAGCUGCAGGGUGUCUGGGGUGGGCCUGUCACACUGGACAGUAUGAGGACAUGGUUCCGGACCAGGUGGCUGAGAAUGCGGAAGGAUUGCAGUGCUGGGCAGCACAGUGGUGGCAACAUCGAGGACGCAGAUGGUGGAGUGACUCCAUCAGCAUGUGGCAGUAACAUCCCUAAUGGUGAGAGCCAGCGCAGCAGCACAGAACAACCCAGAAAAGGAGGUGCCCAGCACUGGGCCUCACCCCAUGGAGGGACUCAGAGGGCAGGCAGGAGGAAGGGCAGAAGCCAGUCUGUCCAGGCACACUCAGCCCUAAGCCAGCGGCUGCCCACUCUGAGCUCCUCUGGUCCCAUCCUGGAGAGCCACCAGGCCUUCCUUCAGACGUCCACGUCUGUGCAUGAGCUGGCCCAGAGGCCCUCAGGCAGCCGGCUCUCCUUGCACACCUCUGCUGCAUCUCUGCACUCUCAGCCACCACCUGUCACCACUACUGGCCAUCUGAGCGUCCGUGAGCGAGCCGAGGCACUCAUCCGGUCCAGCCUGGGCUCUUCCACCAGCUCCACCCUCAGCUUCCUGUUUGGCAAGAGGAGCCUCUCCAGUGCUCUUGUCAUAUCCGGACUCUCUGCCGCAGAGGGGGGCAACACCAGUGACACCCAGUCAUCCAGCAGCGUCAACAUCAUGAUGGGCCCCUCAGCCAGGGCCACUGGCCAUGCCACUCGGCACUUCUCUGAGCCAUGUGAAUCCACUGACACCCUAGAGCAGGGGCAGCUUAGAGACCGACGUCUGGACGAGGCUGUGACAGAGAACUUGGGAGUGCUGUGCCGGAGAGCAAGCCAGGAGGACAUGGGCCUGGAUGAAACGGCUUCCCAGCAGAGCACGUCUGAUGAGCAAUAGCAGAGCACACACCUGGUUCGGGAGAUGGACAGUCUCCACAGUUCCACCUUCAGAAUCAAAACCACCAGGCUCUUCCUGAGGGAAAAGGAGAGCUAUUCUAGAAAACAAUAACUUUAUCUCAGGUUCUUGAAAAUACUCUCACACGAUGGGGGUCAGGGAGAAGACAUCACAUUUCCUUCCCCAGACAUUGCACAAUUGGACAUUUCUCACAAAGCUGUUAUAUUUAAAACUAGAGCAAAAGUAGAGCCCACAAGUAACUCUUUCCUGCCCUGAUGAAAUUAGAACAGUUGCAUGCUAAUUGGCAUUUUAUACAUUAUUGCCACUGUGAGAGCGAGCAGCAACUCCCACAAGGCAGGCCAAAUGCAUCAGGUUAAGCCCAAAUAGAAAGAGCCUCGAUUUUUUUAUUUAUGCAGCUGUAAGUGCAAGCAAGCCGCAGCCUCACUAGCAAAAGCCUGACAGUGCAUUGGUCCAGAAUGAGAGUUUAGAAACGGAGAGUGGAGCAAGCCACCUCAGAAUGGUGUGUUUGGUCCUCCCGCAAUUUCUGGGCCCUCAGGAUCCCUGCGUGCUUCCCAGGGAUGCAUGCUCAUCUUCUUAGCUGAGAAGUAUUUGAGCACAUAUGCACACACCUUUGUUUUUGGAAUAAAAUGUUUACAGUUACAGCUGUCUCUGUCUGCUUCUUUUCUAACCAUGUCUCCAUUACUGUGAGAUGACUCUCGGGGCAAAUCCGGUGUCAAGAUUUGAACAGAGUAGAGCAGAGACUUGAACUCUUGCUGAUACGAGAGUGGGGUAAAGGGUCCUGAAACACUGUGUAGAGAAGAGCAGGACUCAUCUGCACUGCCAGUCCUCUGGGCUGACAGCAGCCAGUGAGCCCGAGUAUCUAAGUGUCUCCCCAGCCUCUGUGCUGGGAUGCCAAGUGCACAUCACCACAUCCGGCUUUUUUCUUGAUGCAGGUUCUGGGGAUCGAACUCAAGUCUGAACUCAUGCUCACAAGGCAAGUACUUUACUGAGUUAUGUCCCCAGCUUCUUUUCUACUUUUUAAGAUAAGAAUUGCCAUUAGCUGGUGUAAUCUGCUGUAGGUCUCCAUGUUGACCAAACCAAACCCAAUGGGUCACUCCUGAAACUCCCUUGGGCAACUUGCCAACCCUCAGGAAUAAGCAGCCUUCGAUUCAGUGAAAGGAUGCAGACCCAGCAGAGUGGUCCUCUGAGAACACAGCUGGUCUGUGCUCAGACAUCCAAGAAAGGGAAGCUCUCCGGGGAGCUGGAACCCAGCAGGAGGGAACAAGUGACUGCACUGCCCAGCACACCAAUUUCACCCACUAAAUAGGCUCAUUAACUACUGCUCCCUGGCAGCGUCUUAUUCACAGAGUGUACAUGCUGAGUAGACAUGUACAUUGGCCCCACAAAGGAAAACAUACGUUGGAGUCACUUCCAGAUGCCUAGAAGCUGUUUGACAAUACCAACAACAUGCCUAGAUUUGUUUCAUUCCCAGAACCCUCCAUGAUCUGUGGGAUGGGGACCGAAUGAACAAUGGAUUUGCAGUGUUCCUGGAAGGCUCCAUCUGCCAGGACAGUCAGAGAGAUGAUAGCCACUGAUUUAAAAACCUUGUCAUCUCCUGCAAGAACUUAUCUUUAUUCAGAAAUAAGAAGUUAUGUUUAAAACCAGUGUGUGGAAUGGCCAACGCCGUGAUCUGCUACAGGGGAGGCAGCUAGAACUUAGUAAGUCCUUCUCCACUCAAUUCUCCUGUCCUGCCCUAAGCCUGGUAUUCUGGUUGGAAAUCCUCACAGGUAUAAAAUGCCUGUCAAUUUCAUGUAUUUUCAACGGGAAUUCCUCAAGUCAGGACCCACAACCAAUCCCAUCAGAAACCUUCACGCUCUUCAGCUGUGCACUUUGCUUAUGAUGUGGAAAUUUGCACCUGAUCUCUUUGUACCUGCUCCCUGACCCUCCUUUGAUGGAGUAGCCACUGUGACCUGCCAGUUUGUCAGCUGUGCAGUCUGGGGCACACCAUACACUGACAAGAGCACAGCACAGGGAGCGUGGAGAGCAGAGGCUUUGCAGCCACCUAGACGUGGGUUUGAAUCCUCCAUUCUACGGUGGUUGAUGGUGUUUUGAGACAGUGUCUCUCUGUGUAGCCCAAAUUGGCCUGGAACUCUAGAUCCUCCUGCUUCUGUCUCCCAGUUGCUACAAGUACAGGUGUGCAUCACCACACAUGGCUCAUGCACUAUUAAACUCUCAUGCUAGUCCCUACCAUUACAGUGUACAAAAGCUGCCACUCACACCCGGUGUAUGAUUUGAUGUACACAUCAGACAGCCUUGAGCAGUGACAUGCUUAUCCCUCUGCAGGCACAACAGGAUUCAGCGAUAAGCCCCAGAUGAGUUAUUCAGUCUUCUUUGGAAUAAACACUGGCUUUCACUUGUCUUAUUUCAAUUCUGCAGUACUGGGACUCUGGGCCUUGUGCAUGGUAUCCAUGCCUCUACCACUGAGCCAAAUCUUCAGUAGGCUUUCCCUCUAGUUGAAGACAAAAAUCAAAGUUCACUAAACAACCACACUGAAACACCGAGUCCAAAAGGAAGGCAGCAGAGGGGCCAUUCCCCUGGUUUCAGAUAUCUGGGGGACUCCUGAAAGUUUCCUAGAGGGACUAGGAUAGAGGCGAGCAUGGCAGGUCCCUCUGGGCCUGCCCCUGGGAAGAUGAGAUGGCCCUCAGCCUACCUCCUUCAUUCUACAUCUGAAGGGCCAAGUAGGGCUUACUGAUAGGCCCGUGCUGUGUACAGACUUGGCUGGGUUCACCCAGGUAUGGUGGUAGCUGACUGAGAGCACUAAGGCUCAUGGCCCACACCUGUGCCAUGUCCCGCCUGACCUGAUUCCCAUGGCUGACAUCACAGCCAGCUUGCCAGAGGCCCUGUACUCUAUACCUGACCUCCUUGGAUGGAAGACCCACCUAGGGCAUGGACAGUAGGAGACACCCACAUUUCCCACUGGACUGCUGGCCCCUUCUGAGGACCAGUUCCUCACCUAGAAGGCACUGGUACAGUGGUCCCUCUAGGGCCAACAAGCUGUGAAAAUAACCUAGAACAGACUGAUGUGAGCCCCUGUUCCAGGCCCAAGCCCCUGUUCACAGUUAAGUAUUUCCUGCUCUGUCCACUGGGUCCUAAUUUCUGACUCACAGACACCUCCAUCUGCACUUGCCCAGAUGUGUCCCCAGUCGGAUACAGGGGUCUGUGGUACUCACGUUGGUGGGCUUGUAGCUACUGCUGUUGCUAAAAGAUGCCCCCAAACGACCUAAAAACUGCCACAGGGAGGGCAGCCCUGACUGAUACGGAAUCUGCAGCUUCUGCAGCUGUGUCUCUUUCUAGCUUCUGCAGAGUCAAGAUGGGCUAAGCCAGUCUGUCUGCAGCCUCACUCUAGACCCAGCAGCAGCAGCAGGCCCUGUCCAGUGACUGCAGGGCAAUACACAUCAACUUCCAAAUCCUACUUCUGAUGAUGGUCACUUGGUCACUUCCCUUUCUUUCUUGAAAGGGCACCUGGACUCAAAAAGGUUGAAAACAGUUAAGACUCGACACAAGCAGCACUCUUGGUUAACCCACAAAGUGAGCUCUUAGCCAUGUCUGGACUGUAGAGCUUCAGGUCAUACCAGCAUCCUAAACACUGUUCCUCCCGCACAAGGACUCCUGUGUCUGAAUGUCAGAUCUAUGUCCAUAUUUAGUAUGCAAUUAGUAGAGGAAUAAACAAGAAAUGGGGGAGGGAAGUCAAAAUGUUUUUCUUUGGAAAUAACUGAAGAGAAUCAAGUUGCUGUUAUU